UAUUUUGACAUAAUCUUAACUUUAACUUAAUAGUCUAACGCAUGCUGUGCUUACCUUUAAGAGAUUGUUACACAAGUAUUGUAUUAUGAUGUUUGUAUUUAAUAAUUGUAUGGUGUAAACGAUUGUUGGUGAGCCAAAAAAAUAAAAUAAAAUGAAACCUGCAGAUUUUGCACUACUGCUUUAAUACCAGCGGUAAACCUUUAGUGAUAAGCCUAUGCGAGUUCUUAAUUAUAAAGACUGGUUUCAUUUGUGCAAAAAGUUAGAAAAACGAAGGAAUUAUCCACAGUUUUCUUUAUCGUAGUCAGGUGUUUGGUCGGUUAUGUGUAGGUAAAGUUUUUCGUGUAUGGUGCACUGCACAAGACCUAUAUUAAUGUGUCACUGAGCCCUUAAACUUAUCACAGACUAUCUAUCUAUCUAUGUUAUCGUUGGAAUGGUUUUCAAAGUUUUGUUUUUUAACUUAAUUUCCAUAUGUAAGUACAUAAUAAUUUUGUUUAAUGAUCAGCCUUUAGAUUGUUAUCGAGACAUUAUAAGAGCAAGAAAAGAUAUUAGUGUUAUUGUUAUAGGUUUAACAAGAUCAACUAUACUAGGUUUCAACUGCAUUUCACCGCCGAUGGUGUGUCCAAAUGUAAAUAUAACGUUCUGGCUGUAUACAAGAGAAAAUGAAGAUAAACCACACCAACUACAGGUUGUGGACUCGAAUUCCAUUAAAACAGCUCCUUGGGUUCCUGACGCACCGAUCAAGGUUCUGAUCCAUGGCUAUACAGGUCAUAAGGAUUUUUCACCCAACACAGAAAUAAGACCAGCCUACAUGAAAUGCUGCAACUUUAAUAUAAUAUCAGUGGACUACAGCCCACUAGCCCGAGAAGAAUGCUACAUAGAAGCGGCUCGUAACACUGAGUUGGUAGGCAUAUGCACCGCCCAACUGAUCGAUCAACUAGUCCAGAGACAUGGCUUCGACCUUUCGCGGUUCCACAUUAUAGGAUUCAGCCUCGGCGGACAAGCGGCUGGCUUCAUAGGCGGAUAUGUCACAUCUGGAAAGUUGAACAGACUCACUGGACUAGAUCCUGCAAUGCCAUUGUUUGUCACUUUUAACAAGAACAGGAAACUAGACAAAGGAGACGCAAAAUUUGUGGAUGUUCUUCAUACGAAUGCUCUGAACAAGGGAAAGUUGGAAGCGAGCGGCCAUGUCGACUUUUAUGCCAAUGGGGGAAUCACACAGCCUGGCUGCAAAGAUACCGACGAACAAAGCAAAUCAAGUUGUAACCACGCCAGAGCGCCGCAGUACUAUGCAGAGUCUAUAAUUACUGACGUAGGGUUUUAUGGAACCAACUGCUACUCGUGGAUCAGCUACAUGAUCGGCUUGUGCGGUUUGUUCCAGUCUACCGACGAGGUGAUAUACGGUGAAUAUGUUCCUAAAAAUGCACGCGGGUUAUAUUUCUUCAGUACAAACUCGGAGUCGCCUUAUGCGCAAGGAAGCAAUCAGAAGAGUGGAAGAAAAUGUUUAAAUAACUUCAAGCAAGUAAUUAAACGGUAGUAGAAUUAACACUGGUUUUUUUUUCCUCAAGGUUGUUCUUAUUAGGUUUUCUUUAAGUAAUAUUAUAAAAUAGGUGUACA